CCAUAUAUAAUGAGUUAUCGUUACAUAAUGAAUUAGUGAUAACGUGAAGCAUGUACCGUAUACUUUUAAAUCUAAUUAUCCAUAAAACAACUCGAGGAGUGGAUGAUCUACUAGCUUCAUUAGUUAAAGUAAGAAAUGAUUUAUGUGUAAACGUUAGAUCAAUCAAAUUCCGUUUGCAACAUUGCUCUUAUAACUUUCUCCCGUCUCUACCACCCCAAAAAAAAAGUUAAAAUAUUUUUGAUUUGAACUGACUAAAUUACCCUUAUUAUUGGAAGAUUAAUUUCCUCUUUAGGACACAUUUCUGUUUACCUCGACCCCUCCUACCAUUCAACGAAACCUAUAACAGAAAAACCUACCAUUCUUCAGAGAACCACUGAGUCAAGAAACCGAGUCAUGGAUUGCAAAAUAGGCCAAGAACCCAUUUUUCUCUCUCCUCUUUCAUACCCACAAACUCCAUUUUCGUGGACUCGCUCACCAACUCAGUCCCACCACUGAGUCGUGCACCGAGUCACCAAACCCAUGCUUAGAAAAAAGCUUAACCACUCCGAGUCACCUCGUAAUGUGUCAUCAGACCAUCCUGGAACCUCGGGGUCCGAACCCGGGUUAGAUUUGGGUGAGGAGCUCGAAAUAUUGCACCCUCUUGGGUGCGGAUGGUCCAAUGAAGGUUCAAUUGAACCAAUUGAGGAGGAAUGGGAAGUGGAUAGGGUUCCAACCCGGGUCCCUAAAGAUGGGUUUUGUCCUAAUUCGAGGAAUUUUGUGGAGGAUGAUGAAAAAAGGUCUGAUCUUGAGUAUGAGUUGAUUCAAAAGGAGAUUAAUUUGGAAAAAUUGCAAAGAAUUACUAGUACUGGGAUACCAGAUGGUGGAACCCUUCGUGCAACUACUUGGAAGCUUCUCUUGGGUUAUCUACCUCCCUCCAGAGAUUCGUGGCAGAAAGUGUUGAGUGAGAAUCGUGUAAAAUAUUCAAAGCUCAAAGAAGAAUAUUUGCUCAGUCCUUUACAAGUUUCAAGUAGAGAAGAAACUUCAAGUUCAGGUGAGCAUGGUGAUGGGCCACUUAGACGGCAUGAUGUAUCUGAUGAAGACCAUCCACUAAGCCUUGGUGAAACUAGUGCCUGGCAAAAAUAUUUUGAGUUCACAGAGAUUGCAGAGCAAAUUGACCGUGAUCUGCAACGUACACACCCAGAUUUGAAGUUUUUUACAUCACCAAGCCAGAAAAAGAAGGAGCCAAUGAGGAAUAUACUUCUUUUAUUCGCUAAGCUCAAUCCUACAACUCUCUAUGUCCAAGGGAUGAAUGAGAUUUUGGCACCAAUAUACUAUGUGUUUUGUACUGAUCCUGUCGAGGAAAAUGCUGCCAAUGCAGAAGCUGAUAGUUUUGGUUGCUUUGUUCGACUAUUGAGUGAUUCAGUGGAUCACUUUUGCCAACAGCUGGACAAUAAUAGCUCUGUGGGAAUCCACUCGACCCUAUCAAGACUCCAAGAGAUGCUAAAAGUCAAUGAUGAAGAGCUCUGGCAGCAUCUUGAAGUUACGACCAAGGUUAAUCCACAAUUUUAUGCAUUCAGAUGGAUCACAUUGCUAUUGACUCAGGAAUUUCAAUUUAAUACCAUUUUGAGAAUAUGGGACUCACUUUUAAGUCAUCCUUCCGGUGUUCAGGACAUGCUUUUGCGCAUAUGUUGUGCAAUGCUAAUACACGUGAAGAAUAUAUUGCUAAAGGGCGAUUUUGCAACCAACUUGUAUCUUCUACAACACUAUCCCAAAGUUGACAUCGAACAACUUCUUCAGGAAGCGCGAGAUAUCAUUCCUGAUACCUCUACACACCGUGUUUCUGUAGAUUAAUUACCUUGUACACAUGAUAAACGGCUUCAGCUGCUGCUUGAAAUCCUAUUUUCAUCAGACAGAUAUCAGCUGAGCACCAUUUUCCAAAAGAUAGCAGUGAUUUCUCAUGCAUGAUAAACUUUCAUUUUCUUA